GGUGAACCCACUGGUGACUAAUUUAGUUCUUUAUCACGGGUUUUGCAGUGUCGACCUUGGGUACCUUUCUGCUAUUUGGGCAAUAAUACGCAGUUUGUGGUGACCAUGUUAAAUAUUAAAGCCCUGAGUGCUUUUGUAAAAAUUCAUGGCAUAUGUCAUUUCACGUCAGGUGGUUUAAAAAAGCACGAGACAAAAACGACAUUAGUCUGCUUCGAUUUAUGACAUCUUUGCCGGCGUGGCUCGGAAGCAAGUUCUUGAAUAGAACAGUGAUGUACAACCCAACACAGACUUAAAGGCGCUUUACCUGCUUGGACUUCGUUUCUCUUGUAUGCAAAAUAAGAAGUUGAUGGACACAGGGGCACUUUACGUACUAAUUGCGUUUAUCUCAGUGUCUUAUAAAUUGACAAAUUUGACCGGUGAAAAUGAGGCAGGAAAACUCACUGGGCUAGGAUGUGAGCUACUCUUCAACGUUACACAUCUAUCACAUCACUCGGGUUUACUGUUUGUAAAAAUCUCAGAAUCGAUUUUUCUACCCAAGGAAAUAUAGCAUAAAUCUUAAAAUAUGGUUGAAAACCCUUGUUCUUUAAAAAAGAGAACCAUCUAAAAACAAAAGAAAGACUAGUAAUUUUAAAUCAAGGAAAAUCAUUUGUCUGCAACCGAACGACUUUCAUUUACUUUAAUUAACGUACGAAAGAAACAUUUGCAGAUUCACUGCUGAUCUGUUUAAAUUCGCUUUUAUUAAUUUGAACACCAGAUCAACAUCUUCCAAAUAUAUUUAUGUAUUUUAAGAAAUUUAAGCCUCGAUUAUUAUUUUUAUGAAAAUAAAAGGCAAACGUAAACAAGGUUGGCAGGAAACUAAUUGAAACAGGCUUUCGAAAGAAGAAAGAGGGCGAUAGAUUAUUGACAAAUGUAAGAAUUGCAAAUUUUCAUCGCCAGUCACAAUAAAAUUAAACAAAAUUUGCCAAGUCAGAUAUGAACUUGCGAAAAAAUAUUGAAACAAUUUUUAAUGAAGAUCUCUAGCCUUGUUUUCAUAAACGCCCCAAGGUGGAACACUGUUGAUAUGUUGUCCAUCAAAACAAGUCUCGCCUUUGUUUUAUUGGACGAAAUUUUAAACUUCGCCGCCCACCUCAUCAAAAUACAAUAGAACUGUCAAACAAAAUGCACUUUAGCACGACCGUCAGUUGUCAAUAGUAGACACGGUAUAUUUUGAUGUAAAUCAGCAACGUGAAUGAUAAGUUGACCACGUGCACCUCUUAUCUACUGGAAGAUAUAAGCCAUGAAAGAUACACCAUUGAUCAGUGGCGUGCGGUAUGUUUCCGGUAGCAGACACAAACGCCAGAACAGGUAAUGACGAUACUAAGUGUUCGGUUGGCCUCUCUCGUGCACAAACCGCCAACAAACUGAAACCGUUUUCUUUCGGUGUGCCUUUCACAGCAUGAAACGCCAAAUCGGUUUAGCGAAAGCUAGGACCGCGUAGAGUGUAGAAGAGCGACGCUGGAACGAGCUGGGAACAGACAGCAGCCAGGGUAAACACAACCAACAAUCAUUUGCGGAUUAGGCGAUUACUGCGAAGUCUUGCUGCGUUUGGUGAGGACAACAGACAUUCCAUGAAGAGAAAAGAGAGAUGGAAACAUGUUUGGUGUGUCUAUGUGGUCUGCUAAUAGCCUCCGGCGUCCUUUCAUCGACAGCCGAUGGUAAUUUUGGAAAACGACCACUCAAAGGUCUUGCCGUAAAUUUACACCCAACCUCAUUGGAAGUUCUUGGCGGCAAUGUUACUUUGUCAUUCCAAUUUCCCAACAAUUUUACUGGAUUUUUUGGUAACCGAACUUUCUACGUCUUCGUCCACGAAAACGCUACUGACAGAAAACUUUUUAAAACAACUGUACCGCUAGAUCGCCGAGAAAUUUCUGUCAUUUUACCAUGUGAAAUCUUCGACCACCCAGAUAUAUAUAGCUUUAAGUAUCGCAUUUCGGACAGUGAAUAUGGAGGGGUUAUCUCACAGAAACUGAAGCUCCAAUGGGGAAGAAUCAUCAUCGAUUCACCGACGAACCACACGGUCUUAACCCGGUUAAAAUCGAUCAAAAUUCGACAUGAUCGCAAAUGUUUGCCUAAGGCAUACCGCGAUGAACUCAAUCUUUAUUACGUCCAAGGUGGCAGCAAGUCGAUGUUUGUAACUCGAAAAAACAUUCGUAAACUGUCCAGUGGCAAGCAAAGAAUUCCUAAAAUGCCCCAAAUUCGAAUGGGUUUUGCCUGCAAUUUCUUCGACGCGCAAGGAGUGUACUUCUUCGAGUAUCGCACUGGCUACGCUAAUGUUACCCUGGCAAAAAGUGCAGCGGUCUACGUCAAUUGGGGUAAACAAACUCUCUUUUCUCCUGUCUCGACGAUUUUUCCAUGCACAAACUCUCUGGCAAUAUCAUUCACUCAACCGAGCUGCUCGUAUGCACGAAUUCAAGAUGCUAUAGUCCUCACCAAGAAAGAUUCCAAUAAACCCAUUGUGCGAAAAGCCGUGCAGCAAGGGCACGAUGUGACAUUUUUCUUGUGCUCACUGUUCAAAGAUUACGUGGAAGAAUACUGCUUUCAUUACUCUACAACGUCAAGGCUCACGAAGAGUACUGUGGCUGUUGCAUCUCUCUGUCUGCCAUCAGGCAAAGCAUAUUAUGAGGGGUGGAGUACGUGGUCCUCUUGGGGCUUGUGUUCUAGCUCUUGUGGGCAGGGGAAGCAGCACCGCUCACGAUACUGUCUGAGUGUCAGCACAUCCAAGGAAAAGGAAUCGACAUGCGAUGGAAGUGCUCUCAUAUCCAGGUCUUGCGCGCUUAAUCCAUGUCCAGAGUCGGGAACCUCUUGUUCAUGUGGAUGCCGGCUAACCGAACCUCAAGGAAUGAUAACAUCAUCACCGCAGUUGUUCACCCGCCCUGGAAAUCCUAGCUGUACGUGGGUUAUAACCUUAGCAGAAGGGAAAAGGGUGCGUCUAUGGUUUGAUGCCUUAAAAAUGAAUGGAGAUUCCAUCAUAAUUCGUGACGGAAAAGAUCGCAGUGCGCCACAACUGGUCAUUAUAAAUGAUGAUUCAUUCAAAGAGGAAAUAGUCUCAACUGGGAACAGCAUGUACUUAUUUUACAAACACAAUGGGAGAUGGACCAACGGCACACGAAGAGGAUUUACCGCUUCUUACAGCACGGAAACCGAUGACGAACCAGUCGAGGUGAUUCGCAGAAGGACUUUGGGAACGGCUGCAGUAACAUUUCUUGCGGUCUUCGUGUUUGCUGUGUUGGUUAUUGCGGUUCUUCUGUUCAUUGUCUUCACAAAAUUGCGCCAACACCACAAAAAUAUUCCUUCAUCGUCCAGCGGAAGCUCAAGUACGUCAGAGUCCACGCUUAGAUCAACGGGGACGUCGUCUCCUCUUGAAGACGAAACUUUCAGCAACCAACCUUCAAAAACUUAUCGAAAUCAAAGAACUAAAAAAGGCGAUAGAAGGAGAUCGUCACACAGAAAAAGGACGCGAAGGACAGAAUUCCUUUGUGAUGCAGAUCAUGUACCAAGAUGUACCUGUGGCGAAAUUUCCGAACUAGACUCGGCCACAGGAAGUAAUUCUGCCAGCGAAUUCUCGCCUGUUAAGGCUAUAAGCGGCGUGGAAAGGGUGCUAGUUCGUGAAGACGUGGAUUGUGACUGUCCCGAAUGCCUCAGAAAUGACAGGUAUCCCUUGAAUGGAUGCCCGGAAUUUCGAGCCCCGGAGAAAAAGUAUUACGGAGACUGGAUGUUAACGGAAAUGCCGGCAGAGAACAAAUUUCAAACAAAUCAGCGUAUUUAUAGGGAUCCUUGUCAAGGUUUUGUGUAAAUAUUGUUCAUAGUCCUACUAGUGAAGAACAAUCGUGAAAAUCGGAUGAAUUUAAAUGAUAGUAUGAAUGCCUUCUCAGAUUGUACGAAGGUAUAAGAUGGCAAACAAUCGUUGAUUAAUUUAAUCCUCGCGUUGCGUGUUUGAUAGGCCAUACCUGAGCUCCAAAAACACUCACUUUCCAGAUAAGGUCGAGAAUGCCAAUCAUUUUCAUAUCAAAAGCUGUGUGUUUACCGUCGUUUUGAAGCAGAAGCUUUGGGUUUUUUAGCUUUGAGCUUUUUGUAAAUGCCUCAUUAGUUUAGAUUUUUGUCGUUUCUUGUGUUUGUUUUUCUGUUGAUCUCGGCAAAGGUAUGUUUUGCUCCUUGUUGUGUUUUUCUUUUUUUUA